ACAGUAUACCUCUCACUCCAUCUUCAUAUGUACUUAAAUGAGUGUCAUGGCUAUAUGUGUUUUUGUUCAUGUACAUGUGGAAAUGGACUAGAUAGUUGUUUUCUGUUGCGUGGAGCCUGUUCCCUAUUUCCAGGAACUUGAGUGACUCAGGUUAAAAUUAAGGACUGUGUACAGCCUCUGCCUUAUUACGUGAUCUUCCGUUUCCGGUUUAACCCCUUCAUUAUUAGUUUUUGAAAAAUCUAUCAAAUGAAGCCAACAGAAACUCCCUGUAUAUGCCACAGGAGAACUGAGCAAAUUUCUCUGUGUAUAUUUGUAGACUUGAGUUUAUCAGGCAUAGCAUAUCACGUGCUCUUACCACAUGGGAUGUGGUGGGUGAGAAGAACUAAAUAAUAUACUGCUGACUCUCAAUUGGUCAGUUUCAGAAGGAGGAAAAAGGGAAGGUAACACAAAGAGUUAUAAACAAAUAUGCUUUUGCCUCAUUUUAGCCAUUGAUGCCAGACCAGCCUUUCUACUUUAAAGACCCAGGACUUGUGUAAAGCAUCAAGGAGAGAGAAUAGAGCUUUGUUUGUUUGUUUUCAUUUUGGGAAGAGGAGUUCAUGAAAAUAGAUAAAAGCAUGAUUCUUUGUCUAUAUUAUGGAUUAUUCUAUGUACUUGCUAACAGAGAACCAAAAGCAUUGUUUGUCUUGUAGUCCAAUAUAGCAUGCAUGUUGGUGUCAUUUUUCCUUCACCGCCACCUUUCACCACUGAAACAUGUGAGCUUUACCAUUAGAUAGUAGAUUUGCGCGAGGAAGUGCUUAAGUAGACCAGUCAGAUAUAUGGACUGAACGCAUUCUCAUUUUGUCUCCUAAGCUGAUCACUGGAGAUUCCAUCGUUAGUGCUGAGGCAGUAUGGGAUCACGUCACCAUGGCCAACCGGGAGUUGGCAUUUAAAGCUGGCGACGUCAUCAAAGUCUUGGAUGCUUCCAACAAGGAUUGGUGGUGGGGCCAGAUCGACGAUGAGGAGGGAUGGUUUCCUGCCAGCUUUGUGAGGCUCUGGGUGAACCAGGAGGAUGGGGUGGAGGAAGGGCCCAGUGACGUGCAGAAUGGGCACCUGGACCCCAACUCAGACUGCCUCUGUCUGGGCCGGCCACUACAGAACCGUGACCAGAUGCGGGCCAAUGUCAUCAAUGAGAUCAUGAGCACGGAACGUCAUUACAUCAAGCACCUCAAGGACAUUUGCGAGGGGUACCUGAAGCAGUGCCGAAAGAGAAGGGACAUGUUCAGUGAUGAGCAGCUGAAAGUCAUCUUUGGAAACAUUGAAGACAUCUACAGAUUUCAGAUGGGCUUCGUGAGAGACUUGGAGAAGCAGUACAACAAUGAUGACCCCCACCUCAGCGAGAUAGGACCCUGCUUCUUGGAGCAUCAAGAUGGCUUCUGGAUAUACUCUGAGUAUUGUAACAACCACCUGGAUGCCUGCAUGGAACUCUCCAAACUGAUGAAGGACAGCCGCUAUCAACACUUCUUUGAGGCCUGCCGCCUCUUGCAGCAGAUGAUCGACAUCGCUAUCGAUGGUUUUCUUUUGACUCCAGUACAGAAGAUCUGCAAAUACCCCUUACAAUUGGCCGAGCUCCUAAAGUAUACUGCCCAAGACCACAGUGAUUACAGAUAUGUCGCAGCUGCUUUGGCUGUCAUGAGAAAUGUGACUCAGCAGAUCAAUGAACGCAAGCGACGUCUGGAGAAUAUUGACAAGAUUGCUCAAUGGCAGGCCUCUGUCCUAGACUGGGAGGGAGAGGACAUCUUAGACAGGAGCUCGGAACUGAUCUACACUGGAGAGAUGGCCUGGAUCUACCAGCCCUAUGGCCGCAACCAGCAGAGAGUCUUCUUCCUGUUUGACCACCAGAUGGUCCUCUGCAAGAAGGACCUAUCCGGAGAGACAUCCUAUACUACAAGGGGCGCAUUGACAUGGAUAAAUAUGAGGUCAUUGACAUUGAAGAUGGCAGAGAUGAUGACUUUAAUGUCAGCAUGAAAAAUGCUUUCAAGCUUCAUAACAAGGAAACCGAAGAAGUACAUCUGUUCUUUGCCAAGAAACUGGAGGAGAAAAUACGUUGGCUUAGAGCUUUCAGAGAAGAGAGGAAAAUGGUACAAGAAGAUGAAAAAAUUGGCUUUGAGAUUUCUGAAAAUCAGAAGAGACAGGCUGCAAUGACUGUGAGAAAAGCCUCUAAACAGAAAGUAACCCAAAGAAAAUGGCACUAUUAGCCCCUGUUCCAGGUUAAGAAACUGAAAACACUCAAGGUGUCAACUCUGCUCGCUCAGUUCCACCUUCCUAUCCACCACCACAGGACCCGUUAAACCAGGGCCAGUACCUGGUCCCCGAUGGCAUCGCUCAGUCUCAAGUGUUUGAGUUCACUGAACCGAAACGCAGCCAGUCACCAUUCUGGCAAAACUUCAGUAGGUUAACCCCCUUCAAAAAAUAAUACCUAUAGGAAGGCAGAUAAUUUUAAAAUAAAUAAAAUUAUAUUUAUAGAUGGA